CAGCGUCCAAGAUGUCUCGCGAUGGUUUUAGGAGUUGCUACGUCAUUUGCACGCGGAAGUGUUUUGGCGUUCAGGAGCGGUUACUUGUUAAAUUAUUACAGUAAAAACAAAAAAAACAUUGUGUGUUUUAACAUUACACAGGAACAAACAAAGGUACCAAAGUAUUUCUAACUUAAAGCUGUCACUUUAACACCGGACCUGCUCAAACCGGGCUAUUGUUUUGACAACUCUCGUUAGCAUGUACGCCAUUUAGUUGGCUGGUUGUUUUGUUUUGUUUCUAGACGGUCUGUCAAGUUGUUGUUUGUUUUGUCGGACAGCAAACUGCUCACGACCUAAGCGAAAGGUCUGGAUAAUAUUAAAAUACAAAACAAGACUUUUUCCGCCUCAGCUAACGCUUAUUAGUUGGGUAACGUUGCUUAGCAACGCGGAUAAUCAUGGCUUUGUUGCAAUAGAUUGUGUCAUGUAUGGCUACACACCACAUUUUAAGAUUUGCUCACCUGCUACUGAAGAAAGGAGGACUAGUCUGGACAAAGCCAAAUAGAAACACCUCACUGGUGGUGUCAGCUCAAGUUGUAUUAAUGACUGCGCUGACAGACUUUGAACCUUUAGCAAAGAGACUCAGGGUUGAAACAAGUGCCACUACGUCCCAUUCAUCUUCCCUCAAAGUCCCAUCUUUGUGCAUUCAGAGCAGAGACAAUGAGACAGUAGAUCAAGAAAGGAGGCCAAACAACACAAAGGCGAAGAUGGAUAUGCGGCCAAAGGUCGGGACGGAUGGUUUGAGAGGUGUAAAGACGAAAGGUUGCCAUCAAAGAAUCGGCCCUAAACAGCGACAGAAGUUCAGAAAUACCCUUGAACAAUGGCUGGUGAAGCCCUCACAAAAAUCAAGUGCAGCUGAAGCGUUCCAAGCACAAGACGACGUGGAAAUGAGCAAUGAUGAUGAUGAUGGUUUGCAAAGCACCUCAGUGCAGUCUCCGGACUGCAAAAACACAGAAAAACAUACUAUCUCUGACUCUGAUGAAGAUACCCAACCCUUGACACCGCAAGACCUGAAUGAGGACAGCCCGGCGUCACCUUCCCUCAAGGAUGCUUCAGGUCAUGGGGUCAUGCAGACACACCCCCACAGUCAUAGUGAACAAGAAGAACAAGAAACGGAAACACGCCCAGCCAACUCAGAGGAAUCUGUCAAACACAAUACCAAAAUAACUGACUUCUUCUCGGGGACGUCAUCACCAGGUUUACCUGUGAGACGGGGCAAGCCAGAAAAGUUUCCGGAGAAACGAGAUGCCGAUAUAGAAACUAUGUCUACUGCUGUCGAUCCUGAUGUUAAGUGGCUGGGGACGCCAAUCAGCGAGUUAAAGAGAAUGCCUGAAUGUGGCAGGCCGCUUCCUCCGCUUAAGGAUGUUCCUGGCCAGCACACUGUGAUGAUAAGGACAGACCUUCUUCAGAAUGGAAAAGUUCCUGUUCCACAUCCUGCUAAGUUUAGGGAUACUUGGGAUGAUGUCCAUGUCAAGAUGCCCUGCUCCAGUUGGAACCUGUUUCCUGUAGAAGAUGAGGAAACCCGAGAACGCCAGAAUAAGAGUCGGUGGCAGUUGAUAACGGAAACUUUAAACAAGGAGUUUACAAGUCAGUCUGAGUUGAAGAAUGCAAUAUUGAAAUACAAUGCCUCAAACGCCAAGAAGUGGGACUUCACCGCAUUGAAUUUGUACUGCACUAAGGUCUUGGAGCCUGAUUCAGCUGAACAUCUGUUUGACUCCCUGCUGCCAGACAUGGUGCAAUUAGCACUGAGAGCAUCUGAGCUCUGCACCAAGCCGAUCCCCCUCCUCAAGAGCGGCAUGAACCACUCCAUCACCAUGUCUCAGGAGCAGGUGGCAUGUCUGCUCGCUAACGCCUUCUUCUGCACCUUCCCCCGACGCAACUCCAGAAAGACCGAGUACUACAACUACCCAGACAUCAACUUCUUCAGGCUGUUUGAGGGGUCCUCUUCAAGGAAGAUUGAGAAGCUGAAAACCCUGAUGUGCUAUUUCAAAAGUUUCACAGAGGAAACUCCCACUGGACUUGUAACAUUCACACGAAAAAGAUUGGAUAAACCUCUGAAUUGGAAAAGCUCGCAGACUCCGCUCACGAAGCUGCACAUUACUUGUGAAGGGACCAUUGAGGAUGAUGGUUAUGGAAUGCUACAGGUGGAUUUUGCCAAUCAGUAUGUAGGAGGAGGAGUCACCAGUGCCGGUCUUGUUCAAGAGGAAAUCCGUUUUCUGAUCAACCCAGAGCUUAUUGUUUCUCGCCUCUUCACCGAAGCCUUGGAUCAUAAUGAAUGUCUGAUCAUCACAGGUACACAGCAGUACAGUAAGUACACAGGCUAUGCUCAGACCUACCAAUGGAGUGGCAGCUAUCAGGACACGACUCCAAGAGAUGGGUGGCAGAGAAGAUGUACAGAAAUUGUGGCUAUUGACGCGCUGCAGUUCAAGAGCUUCCUCGAACAGUUUCGCCCAGAGAAAAUCAACCGGGAACUCAACAAGGCCUACUGUGGUUUUGCACGCCCCGAGGAUCAAAGCCAAAACCUCGCAGCAGUGGCUACAGGGAACUGGGGAUGUGGUGUUUUUGGGGGUGACACACGUCUGAAAGCUCUGCUCCAGAUGCUGGCAGCUGCUGAGGCGGGCCGUGAUGUGGCUUAUUUCACCUUUGGUGACAGCAAGCUCAUGACAGAUGUCUACAACAUGCACUCUUUCCUCACUCAGAGGAAGAUCAGUGUCGGGGAGGUGUAUGAUCUCCUGGGUCAGUACUACAGCUCAGUGUGCAAGAGCUGCCUCAGUCGGCGCCCUGAUGUCAGCCUCUACUCCUUCAUCUACCAACAGGUCAGCUCCUCCCCGGCGCCAGAUGACUCUGACGGUGGCUCGGCCAGACAACACGUCCCCCCAGACUGCUGUUGAGGUCAGGUGGCUGAUGAGUCACCUCGCCUUAUCGUUGGGAAAAAAAACACACGAAACAAUUACAAAAUGAAAUAUUCUCAGUCCGCCGUUAGCUUUAUUUUUAUAUCAAUUUGGUUUGCUGAACAGAUUUAAUUAAUAGCUUUGGAUUACCAAAUGUGUUCGUCCACCACUGGCAGCCGAAAAUGAAAAUCUAGCAUGCAGAUCCUUUUCAAGAACAACUGAACAGCAGAAGGUGAUUAGUUAUGACCCUGUCUGGCGCUGCUGUCCAAGCUGUGUUCAUUUUGCUGCUGCUGGUAAUACGCCAAUGGAUUGAGCUUCAAUACGAACCAAUUGUGAUUUUAAUGGUGAAGCAAAGGUUGCCAUCCAUCUUCUGAGUUUGUCAUGUUGCCUUUUUUACACCCACACAUAUCCAGCCUAAUUGAAUUGGCUGUCAGAAAUCAGGUUAAAGGAAAAGAAUAACAGGAACGGGGUUUGGAAAGCUUGGAGCGGUCUCAGGAAAACGGUUUGAUUUAAAGAGCAGCCCGGCUCUUUGGGAAACAAACUUUUACUUUCUGCAUUCGUAGCAAAAUUUUAGUUGCAAUCAUGGAUCCAUGAAUGCAUUUUUUUUUUGGUUCUUUGCUAUAUGUGAUACAUACGCCAAAGAAUCCGGUUGCACUUAACUGAUUUGUUUGUUUCAUUUACAACUGAUUCAUUUACAUCUGUUAUUAAUAGGCCUUCUCAAUUAUUGUUGUAUGACUACACAUGAAUUAAAAGUGAGGAUUUGUUUUUCCUAAAUAAAAUCAGUUUAAGUAUUCUAA